CUAUAGUAACACGUGGGUUUGGCAUUGUCUAUAUUAAUGGGACAUGCUCACCGAGCAAAGCAUUGAACAAAAAAACACGAAGAAUCAUAAGCUAUAUUUUUGUAACAUCUUUGAAUAUUACUAAGCAGGAAAAAUGCAGUCGAUGAAGGAAACAGCUUCAAACAUCGCAGCUUCUGCCAAGUCUGGCAUGGACAAGACCAAAGCCACCUUGGAGGAGAAGGCUGAGAAGAUGACAACAAGAGACCCUCUUCAGAAAGAGAUGGCUACACAGAAGAAAGAAGGGAGGAUCAAUGAGGCUGAGAUGCAGAAGAGAGAAGCGCGCGAGCACAACGCUGUCAUGAAAGAAGCCAGUGGAGCUGGAACUGGAACCGGUUUGGGAAUGGGAACCGCCACUCACUCGACCACUGGACACGUUGGACACGGAACUGGGACCCAUCAGAUGUCGGCUUUGCCUGGUCACGGCACGGGACAACCAGCGGGCCACGUUGUGGAUGGUACAGCCGUGACAGAACCGAUAGGAACGAACACUGGAACUGGUAGGACCACCGCUCAUAACACCCGCGUUGGUGGUGGCACCACUGGGUAUGGAACCGGUGGAGGAUAUACUGGAUAAGACGUUUUGUCAUUUGUUUUAUGUUCUUGUCAACUUGUGCUUUGUGUGUUCAUGUUUUUUUUCGAUCCUACCUUUGUUUUUCUCGUAACUGUAGGACUUUGCUUUCGUGUGGUGUUUUUGGUCUGAUGACAGACUUGACAGUUGUGGUUUUCUGAAUAAAAGUGUUGUGUAAUCUUCAUA